AGGGCUCCGAUCGAAAAUGCAAGAAAGUCCCCCAAAGACAAAAAACAUAAACAAGCUCAACCAAAUGACCAGGCAUAAGUGUAACAUUGAAAACCCAAAAGAACAAAGACAUAAAGAGUCCAAAUACAACAGAAAGUCCAGGCAGGAUGUGACAACAAUAGACAGAAAGCAGCUCAACCCAAGAAAAAUAAUCACUAUAUUUAAAAUUAUAUUUAAAAUUUGACUUGCAGGGAGCAUUUUUAUAUACGCUACUCAAGUUUUGGAACGUUGACCAUAUUUAGCAUAGAUAUCCCACAUCAUAACAGUAUAUAAAUAACAGAAAAGCAUAAUAUCUCAGACAAGCUUUAAAGAUCCCUUCCAGACAUAUUAGAAGUCACAUACAAUAAUCUGCUUUGACUAAUAUUUUGUGUGACGUGGUUUUUCCAAAACAAAAAAUCCAGCAUGGAUGAAUAUGCAAAUAUUUUUAACUUCAUAAGUUUAACUGCUGGAUACAAGAUGUCCUCCCAUUUCACUCAGUUUCCUGUGAGUGUGUGCAGGAUGUGGGCUGACUACAUCGUACCUGACAAGAAGACGACGGAUGGACAACAUCAAGACAAGAUGGAGAUCCCCUUACUCUGCUUAAUGCUCUCAGCCACAGUGAACGUCCUUCCCAACAGAUCUCAGUUCUUUUGGUACGAAUCCAUCUCUCUGAACUGUGCAGUUCCGGCAAACUCUGACAACUGGACACUGAAGAGAAACACCUCCUCUCAGACUUCUGAUUCAUGCAACUCUGGCUGGGGAGUGUCACGGGAUUCAUCCUGCAUCAUUGAAGAUGCCUACCCAUCGGACACCGGAGUUUACUGGUGUGAGUCUAAGGGCGGGAAGUGCAGCACCAUUGUCAACAUCACCGUGACAGACGGCAUUGUGAUCUUGGAAAGCCCUGUACUUCCCGUAACAGAAGGAGAUGAAGUGGCACUUCGCUGUUCCUACAGAGAAGCAGACAACAAAAAAGCUGUGUCCAAUCUUCCUGCAAAGUUCUACAAAGAUGGUGAUUUCAUUGGGACUCAGGAUGCAGGAAUGAUGGUUUUUCCAGCAGUAUCCAUGUCUGACAGAGGCUUCUAUAAGUGUGAAAUCCCCAUAAAAGGAGUGUCGCCGCAGAGCUGGAUGGAUGUUAGAGUCCGACCUCCGUCUCCUCCAGUCAUGUCGCUGCCCGGGCUGGUGUGUACCACCCUGCUGAUCAUCGUCUACAUUGUGUUGCUCAUAGUGUGUGUGAACGUACACCACCGCCAGGCUCAAGCUCGAGCUGAAGCAAAGUGCUUCCGAUGAUCCUCCAGUGAAGUGACGAGUCCUGUUUCCUGCUGAGACUAAGAAGGAAAAGGAGCAACUACUGUAUAUAUUAUGACUUUGAAAAUGCUUAUAUGCUAACCAAUAUUUCUGGAAAUAAUCAACCCAAUAAUUCACUAAAGGCAAUAUUGUAAAUUUAUUUAUCUAAUUUUUAAACUUUGUAUCAUCUUUUCUUUUGUAAUUUCUUACCUGGUGCUGUUGAUUGAAAAAACUGAGCAAAAAUCAAACUUUCUGCAUUUGUUUUUAAAUGUUUUUUAUGGAGAAGCUGAACAUUUUGGAGCUGACACAUACUUUAGAUCAAAUGUCGACGACCAUACAUUAGUGUCUCAAGUCACCAGUGGAUAUUUUUAUAUCAUAUGAAGACAACAAGAACCAAAACUCUAAACCAAAAAAAAAAAAUCCUUCUCCAUAAUCUAUAACCUAUAUUUAACAUGUAUGCUGAAUCACAAAAAAAAAAAAGUUGAACAAAGAAUCAGAGCUUCCACUAUUUGUGGCAUUUCAAACAACUCCAGGUCUUCUUCAGGCAAACACCCACAAGAGAGAAAUGAGGCAUAUAUAUGUAUAUAUAUAUAUAUAUAUAUAUGUGGUCAAAUGACCCAUGACAUCACAAUCAUGUUCACAAUUGUCAAGACACUAUCAUCAUAAGAAAGAAGAAAUAAAAACAUGAAUAUGAAAAGUCAUACAAAUAUGACGGAAGUUCUUUAAGUCACAAAAAAUAUAAUAAAAAUAGAAAUAUCAAACACUAAUUUUAUAUAAAAGUAAUAGUAAUAGGAUGGGUGCCAUAUGUUAACAAGACACUAAGGGGCAACAAGGGUAAUUAAAAAACAUACUGUAUAUAGUGUGUCCAAUUUAGAAUUUUUAGAAUUAAUAUAAAUAUAUAUGUAAAUAGACUAAGAGUAAAUAAGACAGAAGAAAAAAAUCUUUAUAUAUAUAUACACUUGGACUAAGACUUUAAUAUUAUUGUAGGUUAUCCAAUCAUUCUGGCUAUACUGUACAUUUGUUUCUAGUGCCUCUAACACAUAUAGUCCUACUUCAAGUGUAUAUAUAUGUAUUCUUUUUCUUCUGUCUUAUUUCUUCAAGGAUCUAUAUGCAUACAUGGCAUGUGAUAUUCCUCUUAGUCUACUUAUAUUUAUAUUAAUUCUUGGACACACAAAAUGCUUUUAAUGUCUUGUUGCCCCCUAGUGUCUGUUAACACAUGGCACCCACUCUAUUACUAUUAUGAAGUUAGUGUUUGAUAUUUCUAUUUUCAUUGCCCAUAUGAUCAUUGAAAGAGGUUCUCCUCGGUUUAAUUAUUCCUCCUGUUCAUACUGGCUAUUAAAAGAUCCAAUUCAAAUGUGCUUUCAAUGCAAGUGAUGGACAAAAUCCAGAGUGUGUCUACACAGUCAUUUUGUGAAACUAUGUAUUUAAAAGUGGACUUUGGCACUAAAAAGACU